AGCCGGACGGUUGAAUUAGUAAGCCAUAAUUGGGUGUGUUGAGAUAUACAGUAGAUAGAAAAACGCUAUCUCACAUACAUAUCUUGGAAAAGUAGAAUGUACAGAAAGAAGAAAUUGCUUUUGAAAUACAGUUCGGGCAUAAUGCACAAGAAAGUGCAAUAAAAACAAGAAAGCAAUAGCUUUUUAAGCACAAAUGGCGCACAGUCUAGUCGUCGCUGGUGCCGGUUUGGGUCGUCUGGCUAUAACAAAAAAAUUAGUGCUCUGGUCCGUCCUGAUCCUGCAGGUGAGCUUUAUUGGUUUGGUGUGGCUGCUGCAAAUGAGUAAUGGUCGGGAGCAGCAGGGGAGCUACAAUUUGGAUUAUACGGAGGCUGCAAAGGUAAAUUUUGUUAGGGUGAGGAAAUCGAAAACCACACUGCGACAAAGUCAGGGGCACUGUUCGCGUCUCGAAAACGUGAAUCGCUAUGAAAAGGACUUUUUUCAAAUGAAAAUAGAUGUACUAAACCAGACAGCGGAGCUUGCAAUGGCCAACUACAUCGACCUGGAGCUGGCGCCAGAGGUGUGGUGCUUCCGUGAGGGCACACUGAACGAGAGCAGAACUCGCGACGAUAUGUACAACGACCUUCAGUUGCAGUCACAGCCUGCAUGUAGGUGUGCGAGUGGUUGGCAUAGUCGGGACUGUGGGCAGCCGGAAAUAAUUUGGCGUGCAUUAAUGACUCACAGCCGCGUUAGCAAGACCAGCUUGCCUAUGCAACUGCGAGAGAAAGGCAGCCAAGGCUAUAGUGGCGGCCAGUUGCGUCUUUACUAUCUGUUGGAACUAGGCCCGUGGCAGCACCUUAGCUUGGAGCUCUUUGAUUUGCAGCUGCGCACACUCAUCGGCAUUGUAGACUACUUUCUCGUAUACUAUGUGAGUGAGAACAGGGAACGUCUAAGCUAUUUGGCGUUACAACGACGCCUGAGAUCCAUACUGGGCAGCAACGCAAAUUAUCUGUUGUAUCAGUGCUUGAUCAAUUGCAGCAGUGCCGCCGCCUAUGCUUACUUCUAUCGCCAGCUCUGGGCUCAGUGCUCCGUGCAAAUGCAGGCAAAUGACUUGCUUCUUUACGGCGAUGCCCAAACCGUUUAUGCACCGGCGGCACUCAAAUUCCUUAAGUAUUAUGCAGUAGACGUGCUGCCUCUGCGCUUCAGGCUGAAAUACAACGUCUUUGGCUACUAUUGGCAGCAUCCGCAGCGCACAAUUCUUCGAGGCGUUUUAAGUUCCUUAGUGCAUCUGCACGGCGAUCCACAGCGACUGCAUAAUCAGACCAGCUAUACUUUGGGCGAUCUGAAUCAUUAUGGAGGCUGGACCUGUCAGCUCUGCUUUCCACCGGAACAAAUCGUUCAUUUUCUGCAGACAUCCAAAAUUAGGGAUGUACGUUUGCCGGUAGGCACACGCGGAGCGACACACAUUGAUAGCAACUACAUGCAAGGACUGAUCUCGCAAGGUAUCUAUGUAGACGGCAGCACAAAACUAUUGCGGAUGCGACAGGAGGCAGAGAAAUAUUAUGCACCCGAAGUGGCGCUUUCUAGUGGCAGCCAAUACGCUCAGUUGCUGGUCAAUAUGUUUGAAAUAGAUGUGCUUAAGGACGUCCAGGAGGAGGACGAUUAGGAUGCGCUACAUAUUUAACAUGUUUAUCGACUGAGAUUUUAUAAAAUUAUUCUGUAAUAUUACUUAAGAUAUAUCUAAUUUUUCAAGUCAAUAUCUUUACAAGAUUAAAAAAUUCCGAAGGGCUCUACAGUUAAGUCUAAAAAUGAACCAAAAGUUUAUACCUAUACCUAAGUGAAUGUUUAAAAUCUGUUUCCAAUUGGUCUUUGAGUUGUUCCUCAAUAAGAAUAUCUUACAUCGCAUACAGCCAUUAUUUAACUAACAAAUC